UCCCGCAAAAAUGGCUCAUGAACUUCCUCCAUUGCUUAAAGAAUCCAGAGAAAAAACCAAAGUUUCCUACAGACGACUCGGAAGCAGUGGACUCUGGAUUUCAGUCCCCGUUCUGGGUGGAAUGAGUCUAGGGUCUUCAGAAUUUGGAUCAUGGAUUCUCGAGGAUGACAAGGCACUCCCUCUGUUAAAGGCCGCAUUCGAUCGCGGAAUCAAUACAUGGGACACCUCGAACAACUAUUCGAACGGCAGAUCAGAGGAGAUCAUUGGCAAGGCGAUCAAGCAUUACCAUCUCCCUCGGCAUAAACUUGUCAUCCUCACUAAAUGCUGGGCACCUGUCAGCGAGCAUGAAAACGUAUAUGUUGUCCCCUUUAUGGACGAAAUGAGAAAAGACAAAGAAUACGUCAAUCAAUUCGGCCUUUCUCGCCAAGCCAUCUUCAACUCGGUGGAUGCCUCACUACGACGCCUUGGCGUGGAUUACAUCGACGUCUUCCAGAUCCACCGAUUUGAUCCGAAUACCCCGAUCGAAGAAACGAUGGAAGCACUUCAUGAUCUCGUCCGAAGUGGUAAAGUUCGCUAUAUCGGAGCUAGUUCGAUGAGGACCUAUCAAUUUGUUAUGAUGCAGUUCUGUGCUGAGAAGCAUGGCUGGACCAAGUUCAUCUCUAUGCAGAAUCAGUACAGUCUGACAUAUCGCGAGGAGGAACGGGAAAUGAAUCGCUUUUGUAAUGAGACGGGCGUCGGUCUUAUUCCGUGGAGUCCGCUCGAUGCUGGUCGACUCGCACGGCCUCUACGGCAAGUUGGGGCAACCGAUCGUCUAGGGACGACCACUCCGAGCGAGAUUCCGAGUGCGGAUGCAGAGAUCAUCAAUCGAGUGGAAGAGGUAGCUAAGCAGAAGAGCUGGACUAUGAGCCAGGUAGCACUAGCUUGGGUCAGCCGUCGCGUUGUAAGCCCGAUUGUGGGCUUCAGUUCGGUGGAAAGGAUUGAUGGAGCUCUAGAUUGUGGGGAUAAGACUUUGACACUUGAGGAGGCGGCUUACCUAGAGGAGCCGUAUGUGUCGAGGGAGAUAAGUGGUCAUGAUUAAGCAGAUGUCUUAAAUUGGGCAGUAUCUUUUCGUUCGAGCUGUUAACAGCAUUAUCUGAGCUUCUCCAUUUACGAAUAGUUCGGGCUGAGACUUGCGAUAAGAGUUUCCCGCCGGAGUGGAAGAUUUCCGCAGGACUUGUAGAUUCUACUUGCUUCUAUGUGCGAUCACAGAGCUUUGAGAAUCGACUUGUCCCUUACAAAAUAUUACAUGAUUUGGG